GAAAUAUAGAAGGCAGUUUCCUGUCUGCAAGGGAAUAGAGGAACUCAGCUGGAGAAGCCUCUGCUACUCCCAACUGAUCUCUUCGCUCCCCUAAAAAUAGACACCCAGAACAAUCCGAAAAAGGGAAAACGACCAUUCCAGCAGAAGAUGCAAAAGUCUUCUUGAUACGAGCAAUUCCACAAAGUUAUCGUCUUGACAUUCCUGAGGCUUUUUGGAAGAAAUUUUGAUGAACUUGUUUUCCAGGCAUUUAAGUAUCCAGAGGAACUGCUGAGAUGUUCCAACAAGCCUUUUUUCCCACUCUUCUUUGUAUGGUGCUAGUUCCUCUCCAUGCUCAGUUUGAUUUCGAUCCUGGAGACGUCAGUUCUACCUCCUGUGCAGAAAAGAGGGACUGCCCUAUCAACGUGUACUUCAUCAUUGACACUUCGGAGAGUGUUGCUCUGCAGACUGUGCCUAUCCAGAGCCUUGUGGAUCAAAUAAAGCGGUUCAUCCCUGUGUUUAUCAAUAAACUGGAGAAUGAGGUCUAUCAGAACCAAGUCUCCAUCACUUGGAGGUUUGGAGGACUUCAUUACUCGGAUGUGGUGGAAAUUUACAGCCCUUUAACAAGCAGCAAAGACACAUACCUCAUCAAGCUGUAUGCUAUUAAUUACCUUGGCCGGGGCACCUUCACAGACUGUGCUAUCUCCAACAUGACAGAGCAGAUCCAGAGCCAAAUGGCCCCUGGUGUGAAUUUUGCAGUGGUCAUCACAGAUGGCCAUGUAACUGGCAGUCCCUGUGGAGGAAUGAAGAUGCAAGCUGAGAGGGCACGAGACAUGGGGAUCAAGCUCUUUGCAGUGGCCCCCAGUGAGAACGUCUAUGAGCAGGGACUACGGGAGAUUGCCAACCUGCCACAUGAGCUGUAUCGCAACAACUAUGCCAUCACACAGAAAGACACCCUUGACAUCGAUGUGAACACUACAGAGAGGAUAAUCCAAGUCAUGAAACAUGAAGCAUAUGGAGAGUGCUACAAGAUGAGCUGCCUGGAGAUUGCAGGUCCACCUGGUCCUAAGGGAUACCGAGGGCAGAAGGGUGCGAAGGGGAACAUGGGUGAACCAGGCUCCCCCGGACUGAAGGGACGACAGGGUGAUCCAGGUAUUGAAGGCCCAAUUGGAUACCCUGGUCCGAAGGGUGUUCCAGGACUGAAAGGAGAAAAGGGCGAGAUUGGAUCUGAUGGACGAAGGGGUGCUGCUGGCUUGGCAGGCCGGAACGGCACUGAUGGCCAGAAGGGCAAGCUGGGGAGAAUUGGACCACCAGGCUGUAAGGGAGACCCUGGUGAUAAGGGCCCUGAUGGCUAUCCAGGAGAUGCAGGAGAACAAGGACAAAGAGGAGAUGAAGGUGCAAAGGGAGAUCCUGGCCGGCCUGGUCGCAGUGGACCUCCAGGACCUCCAGGGGAAAAAGGGAGCCCGGGUCUUCCAGGCAAUGCUGGAGCCCAAGGACCUCCUGGAAGCAAGGGAGGAAGAGGUGAACCAGGACCUCCUGGGCCCAAAGGAGAGCCUGGUCGACGUGGAGAUCCAGGGACAAAAGGCAGUAAAGGGAGCCCUGGGGCCAAGGGAGAAAGGGGAGAUCCUGGUCCAGAAGGUCCUCGCGGCCUGCCCGGAGAAGUUGGAAGCAAAGGAGCAAGGGGAGACCAAGGACUGCCAGGACCUAGAGGCCCUUCAGGUGCUGUGGGAGAGCCAGGCAAUAUAGGAUCGCGUGGAGAUCCUGGUGACUUGGGCCCAAGAGGUGAUGCAGGACCACCAGGACCAAAGGGUGACAGAGGCAGACCUGGGUUUAGCUAUCCUGGUCCCAGAGGACUGCAGGGUGACAAGGGUGAGAAAGGGCAACCAGGACCAAAGGGAGGAAGAGGUGAGCUUGGACCAAAAGGAGUGCAAGGGACAAAAGGAGAGAAGGGGGAACCAGGUGACCCUGGCCCAGGAGGUGAGCCUGGACCCCGAGGCCCAACUGGUGAACCAGGCCCUGAGGGAAUUCCUGGACCACCAGGAGACCCUGGCCUAACUGACUGUGAUGUGAUGACCUACGUGAGAGAAACAUGUGGAUGUUGUGACUGUGAGAAGCGCUGUGGUGCUCUGGAUAUUAUGUUCGUCAUAGACAGCUCAGAGAGUAUUGGCUACACCAACUUCACUCUGGAGAAAAAUUUUGUUGUCAAUGUGGUCAGUCGGCUGGGCUCUAUCGCCAAGGAUCCUAAGUCAGAAACAGGUGCCCGUGUUGGGGUGGUGCAGUACAGUCAUGAUGGGACCUUUGAAGCCAUCAAACUCGAUGAUGAACGCAUAGAUUCACUGUCAAGCUUCAAGGAAGCAGUGAAACGUCUGGAGUGGAUUGCUGGGGGCACCUGGACACCAUCUGCUCUCCAAUUUGCCUACAACAAGCUCAUUAAGGAAAGCAGGCGAGAGAAAGCCCAAGUGUUUGCUGUGGUGAUAACAGAUGGACGCUAUGACCCCCGAGAUGACGACAAGAACCUAGGGGCUCUUUGUGGUAGAGAUGUGCUCGUCAACACCAUUGGCAUUGGGGACAUGUUUGAUCAGCCAGAACAAAGUGAGACCCUGGUCUCCAUUGCUUGCAAUGAACCUCAACGAGUCCAGAAGAUGAGACUCUUCUCAGAUCUGGUGGCAGAGGAAUUCAUUGACAAGAUGGAGGAUGUGCUCUGCCCAGAUCCACAGAUUGUUUGUCCUGAGCUGCCCUGUCAAACAGAUGACAGGAACCCUGGGAACGUAAACCCACUUAUUUUCCGCCCCAUGGAAGAGGGAGUCAACAUAGAUUUCCCCAGCACCACACAUUCGAUCGCCCAGUUCCUAAACUCCACGCGGGAAACCCAGGACCCCAGCAUGUACACCCAGCUGGUGGCCACUUUGGCCUAUACCGCCGAAAAAGCCAAGUUUGCCACUGGAAAUGAGCGGCAAGAGUGGAUGGACCUGUUCAUUGACACCUUCAAAAUGGUGCACAGCGAGAUUGUGGGGGACCCAGAAACUGUGCUAGGGCUUUGCUGACAUCUCCAUUAUAGAUCACAUGAAAUGGGUGGAGGCAGAGGCUGAGUGGAGACGGGAGAAUCGUUUGGACCUGUAAACAUCUUUCCUCAAGUGCCUACUUGGCAGAGAGGAUGAGUACAUCAAUAGAUGCUUUUAGUUUAGGGGAAACACAGGUAGUGAGGCAACUUGGUUAUGCUCAGCCGGGUAUGUGACACAGGAGGUGGAUCUCUCCAGCUUGGUUGGCUGAUGAGCAUGAUAGCUUUCUCCUUAGAUUACAAGUGAUGCUUUUGCUUUACCUACUGCUUUUCUGCAGAGGAACUUCCAGCCACUAGCAGGACAGCUGCUCUGCCUUGGUUUCUGAAUCAGCCAAGCUGCUCCUCCUUUUACCUUCCCAAUACUCCUCCUCUGUACUGGCAAGCUAGUCUGUCACAGGGUGAAAUACUGUUGCACAAUCCUCAGCCAUACAGGAGCGCAAGGCUCCAAGGAUGAGAGGAGGAAACUGCUGGCACACGUGACUGAGGGCAGGAGUGAGUCCUUUGCGGAAAGCCUAGUGAUAUGCUUUUCACGCACCUUCCUACAUUAUCUUUUUGCUGACUGCUUCUGAAGUGUCUUUUGUGUUCUCUUUCUGGGAACUGGGUCCUGUCCUCAGGUUGUGCAAACUAUUUGUGUGGCAAGAUUGACAAAGCAAGAUGCAUCUCCUUUGGCUGCAGUUAGCAUUUCUAUACAACUAUUCAAUAGAUAGUUUGUGAUAUUAAAUGGAAAGAGCACGUAGUAAAGAAGAGCAUCCUGGGCUUUCCAUCAAGAGUACCAAAUCCUGAAGAAUGCUUUUGUCAGAAUAUAUGCAGUACGUGCUUUGUGUGCUUUUUAUUCUGCUUGUAUGUUUCCUGUGUUUUUUCUCUCUGUCUUAAAUAGCAACAUUUAUCUAUUCAUAGCCAGGAGAUAGAGACUUGUGGGACCAGGAAGUGCAAAGCAAAAUCCAUGGCUGCACGGUCAUAACUGUGUGAUAUAUUAAGAUGUCUAAAAGUACAUAUUUAAACAUGACAUAAAAUUCAUAACCAGUUCUAGUCCUGAUUCAGAAGACUAUAGGCCUACCAGUUGUGCUGUGGGAAUGUUUGCUUAGACAAGGAGUGAUAUGUUCAUGAGUUCAGCUACCAAUGGUUUUCUCAAAAAGUUAGGCAGGUGAUUGCUAUUUGUAUUCUAAAAUAACCAUUGCCCUGUAAAGCUAUAAAAAGAGAACACAAGUAUUGAAUGUACAGAUGCAGGAGUGGAAGUAUUUAGUGCCAGCAAGUAAAUUUUGCAGCCUCUCUAAUUGACAUGGUAUUAUCGUAAUAAAGUCUACUGAGCAAAUGUA